UGCUGUAUUUUCCUCUUAUGUGAGUGGUGUGUCGUUGUGCUACCGUAAUCCAGGAUGGCUGCCCCAGUACCUGAGAACCCGCUGUCUGGGGCACUGGUAACGCAGAAACCCGGGUCCACGGCUCUGGCAGUGGCCGAGAACCCGCCGACAGCUGAAGCUAAGAAGCCGAAGAAGAAAGUCUUGUGCGAAGAGACGUACAUCCAGAAUUUGCAGAAAAUCAUCCAGAGAGAUUUCUUCCCAGAUGUGGAGAAGCUCCGGGCUCAGAAAGAAUAUUUAGAAGCAGAAGAAUCUGGAGACCUUGAAAAAAUGAGACAAAUAGCAAUCAAGAUUGGCACCUCCGGCAGAUGUUCUCGCGAAUCACCUUUACCCUAUGUGACACCUGCUACGUUUGAGACACCUGCUGGAAUUCCUGGAACGCCCUUAUUUAAUACUAAACAUAGAGAAGAAGACGGGGACAGUGAGAAAGCUGAUGAGGAUGGCAAGGAGCUUCUGGGCCUUGAUAAUUUUUUAGCAAAACACACAAGUGAGGACAAUGCGUCUUUUGAACAGAUAAUGGAGGUGGCAAAAGAGAAGGAGCGAGCGAAGAAUGCCUGGCUUUACGAAGCAGAGGAAGAGUACAAACAGCGGCUUCAAGAAAAUCUUGUCCUCCCCUCUCUUGAGAAGCAAGCUAUUCAGAAUGUCAAAGCCGGCCUAGAUACCUGGGAGUACAAAACCCACAACUCGCUCAUGUACUAUCCUGAAGGUGUACCAGACAAUGAUGCUAUAUUCAAAAAGCCUCGGGAAGUAGUUCAUAAAAACACUCGUUUCCAGAAAGACCCCUUCAGUCAAGCCCUGAGUAAAACGCAGCUCCAGCAGGCAGCCGCCCUGAACGCCCAGUACAAACAAGGGAAAGUUGGUCCAGAUGGAAAGGAACUCAUACCACAAGAGUCUCCAAAAGUCAAUGGCUUUGGAUUUGUAGCUACCCCGUCUACUGCCCCAGGAGUGGAUGACUCUCCACUUAUGACAUGGGGUGAGGUUGAGAGCACUCCCUUUCGUUUGGAUGGAUCAGAGACACCAUAUUUAGAGAAGACACCUGGGCCAUCAUUUAAGAUCCUGGAGCCUGGUCGUAGAGAACGAUUGGGUCUGAAAAUGGCAAAUGAAGCUGCUGCAAAGAAUAGAGCAAACAAGCAGGAAGCGUUAAGGAGAGUGACUGAGAACCUGGCCAGCUUGACACCUAAGGCACUCAGCCCGUCCAUGUCUCCUGCUCUUCAGCGUUUGGUGAAUAGGACGUCAAGCAAAUACACAGAUAAAGCUCUAAGGGCCAGCUACACCCCAUCUCCUUCUCACACCGGCUCCCAUGUCUAUAAAACCCCAGGGGGCUCACGUCUGACGCCUACUGUUACUCCCACUCCAGGUGAUGCUUCACAAACUCCUACUGUACCUGAUCCCACCUCCAUAACCGAUGAUUUACUACAUUUACCCAAACGAAGAAAAGCAUCAGAUUACUUUUAAGCUGUGGGAAGGAAAUUGCUAUGCAUGACUGUUAGGUGGGACCUUGUGACGAUUGAGGGACCAGACUGUAAAUAUUACUCUCUUUAUAGAGAAUGAUGAUGGAAAUGCUAAUUUAAUAGCAACGGUUUGUGUUAAUAUACUUCUUUUUAAUAAUUUAAAUGCAGUGUUGCUCAAAGACUUAAAGGGGUUGUUCAAGUUUUUGGGGGGCAAAAAGCAGGGGGCUGGUAAAA